CUCAACACGCUGCCGCGCGAGAGGGACAGCGCGCGCGCUGCGGACACUAAACUUCGACAAACUUCGGACUGCGCAGAGAUGACGCGCCACGUGCUCGCGCUGUUGGCCGGGUUGCUAUGGCUGCAGCGGAGCGGCGGGCAGCAGAGAGGACUGUUUCCGGCCGUGUUGAACCUGGCGUCCAUGGCGGACAUAACGGCGAACGCUACCUGCGGCUCGACGGGUCCCGAGAUGUUCUGCAAGCUGGUGGAACAUGUACCGGGGCGGCCUGUUAAAAACUCUCAGUGUCGAACCUGCAACCAGCAAAGCACGAAAGCAGUCGAGCAUCAUCCCAUAGAAUACGCCAUAGAUGGGACCAACCGCUGGUGGCAAAGUCCCUCCAUUAAGAAUGGGAUGGAGUACCACUACGUGACAAUCAUGCUCGACUUGAAACAGGUUUUCCAGAUCGCCUAUUUGAUCAUAAAAGCAGCCAACUCUCCUCGCCCGGGUAACUGGGUGUUGGAGCGUUCGAUAGACGGCGUGACCUUUGAACCCUGGCAGUACUACGCCAUCACGGAGACGGAGUGCCUGACUCGAUUCAACAUUAAUCCACGCCGAGGACCCCCGUCCUACACCAGGGACGAUGAAGUUAUCUGCACGUCGUAUUAUUCAAAGAUUCACCCUCUGGAGAACGGAGAGAUCCACACGUCUUUGAUCAAUGGCCGUCCCAGCGCGGAGGACCCCUCCCCGACUCUGCUCAACUUCACCUCCGCCCGCUACAUCCGGCUGGUGUUUCACCGAAUCCGAACGCUGAACGCCGAUCUCAUGACCCUGACGCUCCGCGACCCCAGAGACGUUGAUCCCAUCGUGACGAGACGGUACUACUAUUCCAUCAAGGACAUCUCAGUUGGAGGGAUGUGCAUCUGUUACGGCCACGCUAAAGCCUGCCCACUCAACACUGCCACCAAGAAGUUCAGCUGUGAAUGUGAACACAACACAUGCGGCGAGAGCUGUGAUCGCUGUUGCCCUGGUUACCACCAGCAGCCCUGGAUGGCAGGAACCUUCCUCACUCGGCAUAUCUGUGAAAAGUGUAACUGCCAUGGGAAGGCGGGGGAGUGCUCCUUCAAUCAGACGGCGGCCGACUUAGCGCUCAGCCUGGACGUCCACGGCAAAUACAGAGGGGGCGGGGUUUGCGUCGGUUGCCGUGACAACACGGCGGGCAUCAACUGUCAGACAUGCGUUGCGGGAUACUACCGACCUGCUGAGGUGAGCGCCGAGGAGGAGGACCCCUGCGUCCCCUGCUCAUGUGACCGUCGCGGCUCUGUCAGCCAAUCAUGUGUCGCAGAUUCCAGCCAGGCGACGCCCGCCCAGCCAGCAGGGUCGUGCCAGUGUAAGGAGGGUUUUGGGGGACCACGAUGUGACAGGUGUGCUGUCGGUUAUAUGGGCUACCCGUCCUGUCAGCGCUGUAACUGCAGCGUGGAGGGGAGCACAAAUGAUGACCCGUGUAUUACACCCUGCACGUGCAAGGAAAAUGUGGAGGGAGAAAACUGUGACCGCUGUAAACUGGGAUUCUACGAUCUCCAAGGUCUCAACAGACGUGGCUGCGAAAAGUGCUCCUGCAUGGGCGUUUCCAGUCGGUGCUCGGCCUCCACCUGGACCUAUCACAACGAGACCACACUGACGGGCUGGCACCUGGUUGGAGACACAGGAGGGAGGGUGUGGUCCGUGCACAGAGACACGCCUCCCUAUCUGAGCGUCCGACACUCGGAUGUCGUGAAUGACCUCGGCUCCGCCUACUACUGGAACGCACCUGGACUUUACCUGGGAAACAAGCUUGCAGCCUAUGGAGGGAGUGUGGUCUACGCUGUGUCCUAUACAACAGACCAGCAAGAACAAAGGCCAGUGAGAGUCACCUCCGAACCCGACCUCAUCAUCGAGGGCGGAGGGAUGAAGAUUGUGGACAGGAGGUUCGGCCAGCCGGUGUACCCGUCCUCGCCGAGCACCAGUCACAUCGUCCUCCUGCCAGAAAACUUCCUGGUCUCAGAGACGGAGCAGGUGAUUAGCAGGAGGGACUUCCUGUCCGUGUUGGCCAACGUGAGCAGCGUGAUGGUGCGGGCCUCUUACAGCACAGAGCCCAGCGCCGUGUACAGACUCCACUCAUUCUCAAUGCAGGUGACAAAUCCCUCUGCCAGUGGAGAGAGGAGAGCAUCAGCUGUAGAGAUGUGUUCUUGUCCUCCUGGAUACGCUGGGACUUCCUGUGAGACAUGCAUUGCUGGCUUUCGAAGGGUUAACGGAGAUGUGUACCACGGAGUGUGUGAAGCUUGCCGUUGCCAUGAACACGCGACACGAUGCCACGAGGUCACAGGACACUGCCUGGACUGCGACCACCGCACCGCUGGCCCCCACUGUGACGCCUGCCUACCCGGCUACUAUGGUAACGCCACCCGUGGGUCACCUGCCGACUGUCAGCCCUGCGCCUGCCCACUCAAUCUCCCCAGCAACAGCUUCAGCCCCACCUGCCACCUGAGUAAUGAAGGGGAGUUGCUGUGUGACCAGUGUCAGCAUGGAUACACAGGACCACGAUGCGACAGAUGUUCCAACGGGCACUUCGGCAAGCCCACUGUGCCAGGAGGCUCCUGCCGGCCCUGUGACUGCCAUGGCAAUCUGGACCUAUCCACACCUGGCAGCUGUGAUCCAAUCACAGGCCAGUGCCUGCGCUGUCGUCAUGGUUACGGCGGAGAGGUGUGCGGCAGUUGCGCCGAUGGUUACUAUGGAGAUGCUGUCAUAGCGAAAAACUGCCAACCCUGUCAGUGCCACACCAAUGGCUCAGUAGUGGAGGUGUGCAACCAGGAGACCGGACAGUGCCAGUGCAAAGACAACGCGGUCGGGCGACAGUGUGACGAGUGCAUGCCUAACUGCUGGUGGGAUGCUGAGCGUCAGGAGUGUGCGGCCUGUCGCUGCAGCCCCCCCGGCUCUAUGUCCCAGCGCUGCGACGUCGAGGGCCGCUGCAUCUGCCGCGCCGGCUUCGUGGGCCGCCGCUGUGACCUGCGUCGCCAGGGUUACGAGAGGCGGGAGACACGGCGGCCCGUGGAGAGUGUUCCCGUGCAGGUCGUGCAGCAGAGAUGGGCGGGGCCGUCCGGCACGGGGGGUUGUCCCCGGGGGGCGUACAAGCCUAAGAUAGCGCCUCAGACUCACGGCAUCAGAACAGGCGGACAGUGCGUCCCGUGCCACUGCAACUCCUUUGGUUCCAAGUCGUUCGACUGCGAUGAGAUCGGUCAGUGUCGGUGUCAGCCGGGCGUCAGCGGACCCAAGUGCGACCGCUGCGGGCGAGGAUUCUUCAACUUCCAAGAGGGCGGCUGCACAUCCUGCCAGUGCAGCCAUGUGGGAAAUAACUGCGAUGCAAACACAGGACAGUGCAUCUGUCCUCCCAACACUAUUGGCGAGAGGUGCGACCGCUGUGCUCCAAACCACUGGGGCCAUGAUAUAAUAACUGGAUGCAAGGAGUGUGGCUGCAGUGUGGUCGGCUCCGUGACGCAGCAGUGCAACAUGAACACGGGCUGCUGCUUGUGUCGGGAUUCCUUCAGAGGAGAGAAGUGCAAUGAGUGUCAGAUUGGAUACAGAGACUUUCCUCAGUGCACCCAGUGCGGCUGCGACGUCUCCGGGUCGGACAGCGAGACCUGUGACCUGGAGAGAGGAGUUUGUGGCUGCGCUGAUCGCACGGGGAAGUGUAACUGCAAGGCGAACGUGGAGGGAGACAACUGCGACCGCUGUAAGCCCAACGCGUUUGGGUUGUCGGUGCGAAACCCACUGGGCUGCAGCAAGUGUUACUGCUACGGCCUCACAGAGUCCUGCACUGAGGCUCAGGGGCUGAUCCGGAUGUGGUUAACGCUGAAGCCGGAGCAGACAGUGCUCCCCCUGGUGGACAAAUCCAACAGCGUUGAGACGAGGAGAGGCGUGAGCUUCCAGCACCCGGAGAUCCUUGUCCACUCGGAGCUGGUGGCGCCAACCCUCUCUGAACCCUACUACUGGAAACUGCCCGAGCAGUUCAAAGGCUCCAUGAUCACAGCGUACGGUGGUCAGUUGAAAUACGCGGUGUAUUACGAGGCCAGAGAUGAAACUGGCCCCUCCUCCUACGAGCCUCAGGUCAUCAUCAAGGGCGGUCCCAGCCGCAGCGUCGUGAUGACACGCCACGUACCGGGACUCCAGAUUGGUCAGCUCACCCGCCACGAGAUCGACAUGACGGAGCAUGAGUGGAAGUAUGCAGAUGGCAGGUCCAUGACUCGAGAGGACUUCAUGGACAUUUUGUUCUAUGUGGAAUACAUCCUAAUUAAGGCAUCCCACGGCAACUUGAUGAGACACAGCCGUAUUUCAGAGAUCAGUCUCACAGUGGCAGAGGACGGCCGAUCGACCAAAGAGAGUGAGAAAGCCCGUCAGAUAGAAAAAUGUGACUGUCCAACGGGAUACUCCGGACUGUCUUGUGAGGAGUGUGCUGCGGGUUUCUACCGGCUCCGCACCGGCUCCCUGACAUCUGCUCCGGCAUCCAGAGUGCCCAACGCUGCCGGCAUGGGCAGCUGUGUGCAGUGCCAGUGCAGUGGGCACUCUUCCACCUGUGACCCCGAGACAUCCAUAUGCCAGAAGUGUCAGGACAACACAGAGGGCGAUCGGUGCGAGCGCUGCGCUCCAGGAUUCUACGGGGUCGUCCGAGGUUUCUCUGACGACUGCAAACCCUGCGCCUGCCCCCUCACCGACCCAGAGAACAAUUUCAGUCCCACCUGUGUUGCGGAGGGAUUUGACGACUACCGCUGCUCCUCCUGUCCUGAGGGAUACGAGGGCAAACACUGCGAGAGAUGUGCCACUGGUUACCACGGCAACCCGAGGAUGCCGGGCGGCCGCUGCGAGGAGUGUAAGUGUUACGCGUGGGGGGCGCUGCCCGGACCGUGCGACCCCGUUACGGGCCAAUGCCGCUGCAGGGCGGGGGCAUCGGGACAGUCGUGCGACCAGUGCAUGGACCGGCAUGUGUGUGGACCUGCUGGGAUCAUCUCCUGUGACGACGAGUGCUCGGGUCUGUUGAUCAGCGACAUGGACCGCCUGUAUCGCAUCAUCACUGAGGUCACGCUGACCACGCCCCUCCCGCCACCUUAUAAGAUGUUGUACCGCUUCGAGAACAUGACGGAGGAACUCAAGCACAUGCUGUCGCCUCAGAAAGCUCCGGAGAGAUUACUGCAACUGGCCGACUCCAACCUGGGAUCACUGGUGGUUGAGAUGGACCAGCUGCACAGCAGGGCCACUAAGGUGUCUGCUGAUGGAGAGCAGGUCGAGGACGACGCCGACAGGAUUCAUAAACGAGCCGAAGACCUGGAGCAGUUCAUCAGGGACACGCUGCUGGGAGCUCAAGACCUGCAGUCGAAGGCUGCCCAGCUGAACCAGACGCUCUCACGCGGAGAUGGAGCUCCUGACAAGAGCCUGAAGGAGAUGAAGGAGGAGAUCCAGGCCAUGUUAGCUGAGAUGAGAAAACGACAGCUGGGAGGGAAAAAGAGCAUCGCCGAGGAGGAGAUGGACCUGGCAGAGGAGCUGUAUCAGAAAGUCAAGAGAAUGUUUGGCGACCCCCACCAGGCCACGGAAGACCUGAAAGCAGAGAUAAAAGCCAAGCUCUCAGACCACGAGGGGAAGCUGCAGGAAGCCGAGGAUCUGCUCCGCGCCGCCCAGGGGAAGACGAGGCAGGCCGGCUCCCUGGCUGAACAGAACCAGGCUAACCUCACCGCGCUCGAGAGGAAGCGCUCAGCAGUCAGCUCAGUGAAACAGGAGGCGCAGGAGAUCCUGGGACAAGGAGAACGUCUGCUGGACGAGGCGAACCAGCUUUCUGACAACAUCAACAAAGAGAUAGAGGUACAACCAGUGAGAAUCCACAGCCUGGCUCACCACGUGCACGAGGCGGAGGAGCACGCCAAGCAGCUGAACGAGUCUGCUGCCAUUUUGGACAGUAUUUUGGCCGAUGCUAGAAAUCUCUCCUUCAACGCGACCGCUGCCUUCAAGGCCUACAGCAACAUUAAAGCCAACGUGGACGCAGCAGAGAAAGAGGCGAAGGCGGCCAGACAGAGGGCGAGUGAGGCUCUGGCACUGGUUUUAGGUACAGACGUCCCAAUGAAGGAAGCAGCUCAAGAGUCCCUGCAGAAGAGCAAGAGUCUGUUGAACCAAGCUAAACAACUGCAAAAUGAUGUCACAGAGAAUGCAGAUAGUGUCUCCGGGCUGAAGGACAGAGUCAAAGCAGCAAGAGACAAAACCAAAGACCUGCUCAAAGCUGUCAACGGAACCAUGGCAACGCUCAACUCUAUCCCAAAUGACACAGCAGCUAAGCUAGCAGCCACAAAGGCCGUAGCGGCCGAUGCUAACGCCACGGCCAUAGAUGUCCUUGAGCGCCUCGGGGAUUUGAACCUGCGAAUCGAUGGCCUGCAGCGGAACUACAGCGAGCUGGAGGACACUGUGAACGCAGCCAAUCAGAUGAUCCAGGACCCCGACAAAAACACCAUCAUCCACGCUGCAGGAGCUAAAGUGAAAGAUCUGGAGGACGAAGCGGAUAGGCUGUUGGAGAAGCUGCAGCCAAUCAGAAAGCUGCAGGACAACUUGAAGCGAAACAUCUCGCAAAUCAAGGAGCUGAUCAACCAAGCCAGGAAGCAGGCGAACUCAAUCAAAGUGUCCGUGUCGUCAGGGGGCGACUGUCUCCGUAGUUACCGUCCUGAAAUCAGGAAGGGGAGGUACAACACCAUCAUCCUUCACGUUAAAACCACCACACCGGACAACCUGCUCUUCUACCUGGGAUCCGCCAAAUACGUGGAUUUCUUGGCCUUGGAGAUGCGUAAGGGGAAGGUGUAUUUCCUUUGGGACGUGGGUUCAGGUGUGGGGAGGGUCGAAUAUCCCCAUCACACCAUCCACGACGGGAACUGGCACAGGAUAGAGGCGUCUCGUAAUGGGCUGAAUGGAACCAUAUCAGUGUAUCCUCUGGAAGGCUCCAUGGCUGGUAUGAUGCCCACGCCGGCAAGUGCCAACUCGCCCACGGCCUACACCAUCUUGGACGUCGACCACAACGCCUACCUGUUCGUGGGAGGAAUACUCGGCACCGUCAAGAGAGCAGAUGCAGUGAGAACGUCGACAUUCACAGGCUGCAUGGGGGAGACCUUCCUGGAUGGUAAACCCAUCGGACUGUGGAACUACAGAGACCGACAGGGAGACUGUAAAGGAUGUUCUGUCAGCCCCCAGCGCUCAGAUGGGGAGGGGAUAGUGCAGCUGGAUGGCGAGGGCUACGCCGCGGUGGGACGACCCACCAGGUGGAACCCCAACGUUUCCUCCGUCACCUUCAAGUUUCGCACUUUCACCUCUGAAGCUCUGCUCAUGUAUCUGGCCACGGAAGAUAUGAAGGACUUCAUGUCCCUGGAGCUCUCAGAGGGCAAAGUGAAGGUGAACUUUGACCUGGGGUCAGGGGUCGGCAGUGCCCUGUCAGCCAGCCGCCACAACGAUGGAAGCUGGAAAUCCCUCACCAUGUCCAGGAACAAGAAACAAGCCACGGUGACGGUGGUGGACAUCAACAGCAGCGCUGAGGAGAAGAUAGUGGUCACAUCUCCGGGUUCGGCCACUGGUCUGAACCUAAAGGAACAUCAGAAAAUCUAUUUCGGAGGUCUGCCGACUCUCGGAAACUACAGCAUGACAGCCAGGUCGGAGAUCACUCUGAAGCGUUACGCAGGAUGUCUCCGGGAGAUUGAAGUCUCCAGAACUCCUUAUAGUCUCCUCAGCAGCUCAGAUUACACCGGGGUCACUAAAGGAUGUAAUGUAGAGAACCUGUACACAGUCAGCUUCUCCAAGCCGGGGUACGUGGAGCUGGGCGGACUGUCGCUGGCGGUCGGCACGGAGAUCAGCCUGUCGUUCAGCACGCUGGCAGACACCGGCACCAUACUGCUGGCAGUGGGCGGAGCAUCGCCCCUCGGCCUGCAGACCAGGAAGUCCAACGUGUUUGGAUCCAAGAGGCAUCGCCGGCAGUCGGGAGAGCCCUACCUCUCAGUCAUGCUGAACAAAGGCUCUCUGGAGGUCUUGGUGUUCACCGGCAGCCACAGUCCGCGUCGCGUCAUCAGACGACCCGAGCAAGGAGCACUGAAUGACGGGAAGGAGCACUCACUGCGCAUAGAGAGGCUGGCUGGCAGGUCCUUUGCGGUGCAGGUUGACGAGGAGGCGAAGAGGGAGGCGACGCUUCCCAACGACCAGCCGGUGAGCCUGCAGCAGGUCUUCCUCGGUGGUAUUCCUGCAGAAGUGGAGCAGACGUCCAACAGAGCCAACGUCCCGUUCCAAGGAUGUAUAUGGGACCUCAUGAUCAACGCUGUUCUGUCGGACUUCUCCCUGCCCGUGUCCUUUGUGAACGCGGAGAUCGGCCAGUGCCCCAACCUCGCCCCGUCACCUCCGCCUCUUCUGCCGGGUGAGGAGGAGCCCGAGGAGGAGAAGGAGGAGAAGGAGGAGAAGGAGGAGACGGCACCACUUGGUCCUCCGCUGACCUCGGAACCUGCCACGCCCCCUCCAGGGCCUCCUGCUGAGGCCACGCCCCCUGCUCCGCCUGCUGCCACACCUGCUGCCACACCUGCUGCCGCUACAGCCCUGCCCCCUAAACAGGACCCCGGCACCGACUUGGACUCGUGUGCGUCGGCCGUGGCCCCGGCGGCGCUGGAGAAGGCCUAUCAGUUCGGACUCAGCAGGAAAAGCCACAUGAGCUUCGCCUUUGACGACGCCAAAGUCCGAGAGAAGCUUAUUUUAGAGUUUGAGCUGAGGACGAAGGAGGAGUCAGGGCUCGUUCUCUACAUGGCGAGAAUCAACCACGCCGACUUCGUUACCAUACAGAUCAAGAAUGGACAAGUUUGUCUGGGUUACGAUCUCGGUCACGGGAACAUAUCCGGCUGCGUUCCCUUCUCCAUCAAUGACGGGAACUGGCACAAGAUCCGUGUGAGUCGUAACAAGCAGAGAGGUCUUCUCAUUGUCGAUGGACGAUACAGUAAACAGAUGACCAGUCCUAAGAAGGCUGACCUGCUGGACGUGGUGGGGUUACUGUAUGUUGGUGGAUUACCUCAGAACUACACCACUAAGAGGAUCGGACCAAUUGUCUUCAGUAUCAAUGGGUGCAUCCGUAACCUGAAGAUGGUGGGAGGUGCUGUGAGCCUCAAGUCUCCUGCUACAGGUCGCACUGAGGGGGCCAUCGAGGACUUCAAACUGGACAUGGCCACACCCACCUCCAGUCAAAUGGUAGGAAGGUGUUUUGUUGCCACGGAGACGGGCACUUACUUUGAAGGCACCGGCUUCCUGAAAGCAGUCUCUUCCUACCGAGUGGGUCUGGACGUGUCCAUAGCGUUGGAGUUUAGAACCAGCAGAACCAAUGGGGUGCUUUUGGCCGUCAGUAACCAGGGCAACGAUGGACUUGGACUAGAGAUCGUCCAGGGCAAGCUCCUCCUCCAUUUGGACAACGGGGCUGGGCGGAUCACAGCGGAGCACACGCCAGAGGGAGAUGGCUUCUGCGAUGGCCAGUGGCACGCCGUCACCGCCAACAAGAUUCGCCACCGGGUGGAGCUGGUGGUCGACGGGAAGCAGAGCCAGGCGGAUAGUCCCAAUGUGCGCUCCAACAGCUGCGACACCAACGACCCCAUCUACGUGGGAGGAUAUCCCGACGGAGUUCGACAGGCAGCUCUCUCGUCCAGCACGUCCUUCAGAGGCUGUAUGAGGAACCUGAAGAUCACCAAGGCUUCUAAAACCAUGGACGUGCACUUCAACAAGGCUCUGGAGCUCAGAGGAGUCCAGCCUCUGUCCUGUCCUGCUGCCGCGGCCUAACUGAACCCAGAGAGCCCCUCCCUCCCUUUUGUGGGUUCAACUAAUACUUCCACAAGGUGCUGCACACGUCUGAGGUGUAGAGUUUCUACUGCUACUCGGUCUGUGACGCUGCAACGGGCAGAUUGUUCAAAUACAAAUAAUCCCAAACUAUUUCCCUGUUAUCGAAACAAACGAAAAGGCGGAAUGUGCAAAGAGUUAGUUGAGCAUCACUGCGGAAGUUCAGUACUUGUAAUAAAUGUUUUUAACACAUCUACAGGCUCAUUUAUGCUUUGGAUACAGAAACGGAUGCAGCUUACGAAGUUCACGGAUUCGGAUGAAACAGAUCAGUACCACCGAAAACCUUGAGGGGGCAGUGUAGCCAAUAGUUAAAGCGAAGCGUCCGAGACAGUAAAAGGCACGUUAGACAUUUUUUCGUAUUUUACUCGACGUAAAGAAAGAUGCAUGAAAUGUUGAAACAUCUCUCGACUGGCGGGAACUUCCAAAACCUUCUAAAUCUGCCCAGUGUGGUUUUCAUAGAGCGAAACUAAAAACUGCUUGAAAUUCCCCCUCACACUUCUUCAGAAUGAGACCCUGACAUUUUGUACAGUGCAAGACUGGUCAAUAAAUAUAUAAUGACUUCAAACUAAGGUCUCACAGUGAUUUUAAAAUGUUUUACAGUUUGUCUGAUGUGAGCAAAGCUACGACACGUGCUUCAAUUCAAUGAUUCUGUCGUGGGAUGUGUGUGUGAUUAUGUGAACGUUGGAACAGGACAUGUGGAGUUUGACUUGUUAAUCUUAAACUUUUUAAAAAUAACCAAGAAAAGGUUUAAAUAUCCAGUGGCCAUGGUCCGCAUGUCCAGUAUUUAAUUGAAUUACUCUAUUGUCCAAGCAAUCACACACAGAGCGUAUUGAAACUAUAAUAGAUUUCAGGACAGGGUGCAAUCCCUCUUACAUUCAAUCAAGCUGCACCACAUUUCACACAUCGCUUCCCUAAACAAGCCGGAUUUAUUCAAUAAAGAUCCUUGAAUUAUUCUCUGAGAAAUUUGUGAAAAUGUUAAAGAAAUAUCUUCCAAUUUUAAAGAAAGUCAACAGAAAAUCCUGGAGUACUUUCUUUGCCCCCAAGUCCCAUCCUUACAUCAAGUUUUGUGGAAAUGUGUUUAGUAGUUUUUGCGUAAUCCUGACAACAAACAAACAGGUUUACAGGUAAACAAGUAAUAACCUUUGACUUAAAUACAAGCAGUAAAGUUGAGGUAGAAACUCUGACCAGAUAAAAGCUGCACUAACAUUAACAAACUGACUUUACUGAUGUUUCCUCUGACGUGAUGGUGAGAAGAAUUAAAACAUUUCAAAGGCAUAAACUUUCUUCCACAUUCCACAAUCAUCAUCAACAGAUUUCACAAUCGGCAGGUUGUUGUUUCUCCUCAGUGGAAACUGAAGGAACAAGGUUUCUGCAGGACACUCCCUCUGCAUGGUGUGUGGCUGAAGACACGUUCAGCAGCUGUAUGUGAAAUAUACUCUUGAUAGCAUCACA